UCCGGAAGUGAAGAAGAAGAGCUUCCGGGUGACAGGUGGAUGUUGUUGUGUUUCAGGUCAAAUCAGUCGAAUCUUCCUUUAAAUCUUUAAAUCUUUAAAUCAUUAAAUCAUUAAAUCAUCUCUCCGGUUAUUUACCGGGACGUGGAUGUGUGUAUCCGUUAACCGGAUCUGAGUCUCAGCCCUCUGAUGGCCUCCAGGCGGCCGGACAGCUUCGACGGGCUCGGCUACCGGGGCCGUGAGGACCCGCUGCUCGGAGCCGGGUACCCGGUGAGGAGCGCCGGAGGCCCCGCGGAGCUGCAGCAGCACCACUGGGUCACCACGCCGCCGGACAUCCCGGGCAGCCGCAACCUGCACCACGCAGAGCGGACACCUUACAGCGACGAGCCGCUGGAGGAGCCCGGAGCUGCUGGAGCUGCAGCCGGCUGGGAGGCUCCGCAGCCCGGCGUCCCUCCUGCGGAGCAGCUCAAUCGAUUUGCAGGAUUUGGAAUCGGACUUGUCAGUCUGUUCACUGAGAACGUCCUCGCUCACCCCUGCAUCGUCUUCCGCAGGCAGUGUCAGGUGAACUACCACGCCCGCUGUUACCACCUGACCCCGUUCAGCGCCGUCGCUGUCAUGUACACCAUCACCAAGGCUCAGGGUCCGAAGGCUCUGUGGAAGGGGAUGGGCAGCACCUUCAUCGUUCACGGCAUCACGCUCGGAGCUGAGGGCGUCCUCAGCGAGUUCACACCGUUACCACGGGAGCUUCCUCACAGGUGGAGCUGGAAACAGCUGGCUGGACAUUUGCUGCUUAAAGGGUUAACGGCUGUGGUGGCUCUUCCUUUUUACUGUGCCAGCCUCAUCGAGACCGUCCAGAGUGAGAUCGUCCGUGACGACUCGUCCUCUGGGCUGCUGGAUUGUAUGCGUGAAGGUUUGACUCGGUUGUUGGGUGUCGGCGCUCCUCACAGUCGCCGUCUGCUUCCUCUCAGCUCUCUGCUGCUUCCUGUCGCGCUGCACGCCAUCCUGCGGUACGCCAUCGCCGCCUCUGUCCAGCGGGUGGCGCUGUGGCUGCACCAGCGGGGCCGGAAGCAGCGGGCGGACCCAUCCAACCCGCUGGACGCCUACUUUCCCGAGCUGGCGGCGGCAUGGGCGGGAUCUCUGGUGGCCGACAUCGUGCUGUUUCCUCUGGAGACGGCGCUGCACCGCCUCAGCCUGCAGGGCACACGCACCAUCAUCGACGCCACGGACGGUGUGGUCGCCGCGGGAAACGGCGGCAGCCCGCUGGUCCUGCCCGUCAACACGCAGUACGACGGCUUCUCCGACUGCCUCCACAACAUCCGCCGCAAGGAGGGCGCAGCCGGGUUUUACCGCGGCUUCGGAGCGCUGGCGACACAGUACGCGCUGCACGGAGCGCUGCUGGCUGCAGCCAGGACGCUGCUGAGGCUGCUGCUGCUGGAGGGCAGGGCCAGCUAGAGGCGUUACCAUGGAGACGCAGCCUCACUUCCAAAGUUCAAAUUAUUUCUGUCGCCAUGACAACAAAACAUUUUCUCAGCUUCUCUUUACAACAAGAAAAAUGUUAAAAAGAUGAAACGACAUGUUGCUAAAAUAUGUUAUAAUGUUGUUGUAAGAGCAUGUCAUUAUAACUUGUUAUGACAUGUCAUUAUAACAUGUUAUAACAUGUCAUUAUAACAUGUCAUUAUAACAUGUUAUAACAUGUCAUUAUAACAUGUCAUUAUAACAUGUUAUAACAUGUCAUUAUAACAUGUUAUAACAUGGCAUUAUAACAUGUUAUAACAUGUCAUUAUAACAUGUUAUAACAUGUCAUUAUAACAUGUUAUAAUGACAUGUUCUUACAUUGUAACAUGUAAUGACAUGUAAUAAUGACAUGUUAUAACAUGUUAUAAUGACGUGUUGCUAUAACAUGUCAUUAUAACAUGUUAUAACAUGUCAUUAUAACAUGUUAUAACAUGUCAUUAUAACAUGUUAUAAUGACAUGUUCUUACAUUGUAACAUGUAAUGACAUGUAAUAAUGACAUGUCAUAACAUGUUAUAAUGACGUGUUGCUAUAACAUGUCAUUAUAACAUGUCAUUAUAACAUGUUAUAACAUGUCAUUAUAACAUGUUAUAAUGACAUGUUCUUACAUUGUAACAUGUAAUGACAUGUAAUAAUGACAUGUUAUAACAUGUUAUAAUGACGUGUUGCUAUAACAUGUUACAAUGUAAGAACAUGUCAUUAUACAUGUUAUAACAUGUAUAAUGUGAUGUUAUAAUGAUGUGUUGCUAUAACAUGUCAUUAUAACAUGGUAUAACAACAUAUGUUAUAACGUGCCGUAACAUGUUAUAACAACUCACACUUCAGCUCCUUUUUAGUGGUUACACACUUCUGCUGUUUUUUCUGGCAAUCGCACCAAAUUUUCUUCAGUAGAAGCUCCAGAUCGUGUUUAGCCUAGCUUAGCAGAAAGACUGGAAGCAGGGGGAACUGUUAGCCUAGCUCCAUGAAAACAGAAAGAAAUCCACCUUCCAACAACACAAGGUCGGAUUCACGUGUUGACUCUGAACGUUUGUGUCACUUCCUGCCUUCGAACAAAAUGUCGUGGUGGUCGUGUGUUGCCAUAGAAACGCAGAUCCUGUUCCAGCAUGAAAGCAUGACCUCAUGAUCCUGUGUUAAAAAUAUACAUAAUAGAAGUACCGACACACAUGAAUAUCUACAGAGUGAAAUAUCAUCAACAGCAAAUUUAAGAGAACGUGAAGCCACUUUUUAUUUGUAUAAAGUUGUAAAAAUGGAAAAUGUAUUAAAAUAAAUGUAGAUUUAGAUGAAAUUAAAUGUGAUUCAUAAAUAUUUAAAUCAAUAUUCAAAUUAAAUGUGUGAAAAAGAAAUUGAUCAGUUAAAAGGGACUGAGUUUGGUGUUUGAUUUUUCAAAAAUAAAUGUUUGGAAAUAGAUGCAACAUUUACGUCAGUCUGAAAGACGCAAAUUAAAAUAAAAUAAAAGUUAUUCAGUGUUGGUUUAUUUUUUAAACUUCAGCUAAAAUCACUGAAUCUGCACUUGUUUAUAUUUUGUUGUGUUUUUGUUGUUAAUGUCACAUGUUGAAACUUUGCACUUGUGCCGCAGAAAAAUAAAAUUUGAACUCUGAAGAGGUUUUUUUUGCUGUAAAUUUGUUUUCAUGUGAAAUAAAAUAAAAUAAAAUGAAAUGAGCUCUCAGUGGA